UGCUAAAAUGAUAUAUAAAUCGCCACAUGGAACUAUCGAUAUUGUGAUAUGCUGAAAUAAAAUGGAGGACUUAUUUAGAUUGUUUAUUUCCAUAGUGUUCCCAAAUGAUCCGCCUCAGCCAGAAAUUCCAUGUCAGGGCACUAAAGAUAGAUAUAUUUACAGGAGGGGUGCGAAAAGAUGGACGAAGGUCUAUAAGGUGAACGGCCAUAUUUUCAAGACGAAACGGUUUAAUAGGAGAGGAUUAUGUGCGUCCUGCGACGACCGCAUUUGGGGCGUGGGACAGCAGGGCUUUAAGUGUAUUCAGUGUAAGUUGUUGGUGCACAAGAAGUGCCACAAGGCGGUUGGCAAAACAUGUACCAAGGAGCACAUCGUGGUGCCCAGAGACCACUACAAUGGGGAUGCUCGCACGGCUAACAUGCCCAGCAAUGACAUGCUACUCCAGAAAACGGAAACAGACGUACAGAACUCAUCGCCAGAUGUUAAAGAUGAAUCGGUUGCGGUGAAAGACUCGGAGAACACUCGGUCCGGUUCGCAGUGCCAGUAUUCGCUUCAAGAUUUCGACCUGAUCGGCGUUAUUGGCCGCGGAUCAUACGCUAAAGUGUUGAUGGUCGAGUUGAAACGCACGAAACGUCUUUAUGCCAUGAAGGUGAUAAAGAAGUCCCUAGUCUCUGAUGACGAGGCGCAAACAGAAAAAUACGUCUUCGACAUCGCUACUAAUCACCCGUUCCUCGUCGGUUUGCAUUCCUGCUUCCAGACGCCGUCGAGACUGUUUUUUGUCAUUGAGUUUGUGAGGGGUGGAGACUUGACAUUCCACGUGCAAAGGCAAGGGAGAUUGCCCGAAGAACACGCUCGGUUCUAUACGGCUGAAAUAUCUUUGGCGUUGAACUUCCUUCACUCCAAAGGUAUCAUUUAUCGAGAUUUGAAGUUGGACAAUGUUCUCUUGGAUCAAGAAGGUCAUAUCAAACUAACAGAUUAUGGUAUGUGCAAGGAAGGGUUACGACCGGGCGACUUAACUUCAACUUUCUGCGGUACCCCGAACUAUAUCGCUCCAGAAAUUUUGCGCGGAGAGGAUUACGGAGUCUCAGUUGAUUGGUGGGCGUUAGGGGUGUUACUGUACGAAAUGUUAGCUGGUCGUUCACCGUUCGACACUGUCGGCACAUCCGAAAAUCCCGAUCAGAACACGGAGGACUAUCUAUUCCAAGUUAUAUUGGAGAAGACUAUUCGAUAUCCCAGAUCGGUCAGCGCUAAAGCUGUCGAUGUCCUCAAGGGAUUCCUCAGAAAGGAUCCGGCGGAACGACUAGGGUGUUACGGUUCUGAUUCCUUCCACGAGGUUGCCAGUCAUCAGUUCUACAAAGGAAUCGAUUGGGAAAUGCUGAAAAACAAGCAGGUGCCGCCGCCUUACAAACCGUGCCUAGACUCUGACAGGGAUUUGGCGUAUUUCUCGCAGGAGUUCGUCAAGGAGCCGGUUCUUUUAACGCCGGACGAUCCGCGUGUGAUUGAGAAGAUCAACCAGUCGGAGUUCGAGGGCUUCGAGUACGUGAACCCACUACUGAUAUCGCAGGAAAAUUGCGCGUGAUAACGUUGUGUGCUGGAUCUACAUCUGAACAAUUUGCCGGUAUUGUGUUUGCCGCCGUACCGUCACGAGCUGCCGACAAACGGAUCAAUGUGCCCCCGUCUAGCGGCGGCUCUUGAGCUGGACGUACACGGAAAUAUAAUCGCGACCUAAACACAAAGUUCGAAAAAACUUCGUUCUCUACAUAAUAUACUAGUAGCGACAUUUUUUCAAGUUUGGAAUUAAAAAAUAGUCCUAGGGUCUAAAUAUGGCGAAUAAGGUGGAAUUGAAAUUUAAAUAUAUGAAUCAAUGCAUUGUCGUAUUGGAAUACUUUGUUUUUCGUCAAAUGCGGUCGUUUUUCUUAAUUUUAUAUAAUCAUGAACAAAUGGGGCACCCUAUAUAGCCUUCCAUUUGACUUAGAUUACGCACUUUUAACCGACUUUCAUCCCAAACCUUAUUGUAGAUUUUCUUAAACAUUUCUGGCGUGGUCACCUCAGUUGAUAUUUUACUGAAUCCAUCUUAGCAGCUCUACGGCCGCAGGAGCAAACUCCCCUGGAGUAGAAUAUACCAAAUAAAUAUUGAUUGGAAUGAAAUCAUUCAAAUGAAAGUACGAACAAUAACUACAUUUUCCCAUGUUUACAAAAUUUCUAGAGAUAGCACCAUUUAACAUAACGUUUUGAAAUUUAAGAUUUUAAAAGUUGAUACUUUCUACCAAAGUAAUUUAAAAAACACCUUUUCGUCAGGAUUAGCCUAGUAAAGUGAAACUUGUUGCGAUUGAUCAAUCAAGAGUCAACUUUAUGUAUAUCUAACCACAUAAUAUAUUUUGAUUGAUGCUAUACUAUGUACCUGCAUAUUUGUAUUAAGUUGGUAGUUAAUUAUUAAAUUAUUUGUUCAUUGAUCUCUUUUAUUAAUGUUGGUAACGAAAGGGAUUAGACAACCCCCUUCUAGUACCAUUCGCUUUCUUCAAUUUUUUGCGUUUAACUAUAAAAACGUUUGAUAUUAAUUGUUCUUGGUAUGUAAAUAGUUUUAUAUCUUGUAAUAAGUGUUUGUUUUUAUUUUGUUUGUUACAUAUUUGUUUUAAU